AUGAUGAAUCUUAUUAAUGGUGUUAAAUUGUAAUAAUAUCAAAGACAUUAAUUUGAUAAUUAAACAGUUAUUUGUAUAACAAAAAAAAUACUUUAAACAAUUUAAUAUUUUCAUAAAGAGAAUAUAAUUCAUAGAAUUAUUAAAUCUGUUUCAAUACCAACAUUAGAAAAUUUCAUGAUCGAUCUAGAAAGUUUUCGUGUUAUUUCGUUAGAUUUUAAAUUACCAGCUUUAUUGGCAAAUAUUGAAGGAUCAAGAAAUGAAAAUUGA